CUUAUCGGUUUUAGGUCCGAUUAGAGUAAACCGAAACCGAACCAAAUUCUCCAAGGGGAACCAAACGAUGUUUCUUUGGGGCUAAUGGGUUCCGGGUUCUUAUCGGUUUCUCAGGUUAAACCGAAACCACUAACAUGCCCUCGAUUUGAAACCGCAAACCCGAAACCAAAAGUGUUAUAACGGGACGGUUUCGGUUUAAACGAAACCCAAACAGGUAGGCUUUAAUGUCUAUAUGCAUUUAUUUACCAACAAUAAGCUAAUAAGACGAGCCGUCCCUACUCUCCCCGCAUUAAACUAAGAAAAUCUAAAAAACCUAAAAAGAAAACAAAACAUGAUGAACUCAAACAACCUUCUCAAUAUCAACAACAUAUAAUGAUUUAGCGCAUUCAACUCAACUGAAAAAUAUCCCAAAUUCAAAUCUAUUUUAUAAAUGAUGGCGCGGUGAGGGGACGAAAAGGAUUAUUAUUCACUAAUAUGAGUUGUUUUUACAGAGACGAUGUCCAACCCAAAUGAUGCGCUGCAUGUAUUAUAUUAUCCUCUUCUAUAUAUGCUUUGUUGAUGGCAACGUUUAAUUAGUUGCUUGACUGCUAGUUUAGUAGCGAAUCAGCAACCUAAAUUACUAUAUUAUUAUUAUUAUUAUUAUUAUUAUUAUUAUUAUAUGUUUUGGUUAUAUAUUCUCUGAUUUGAGAGAUCUCUAUCCCCGUGCUUGACGGAAAUCGUAUCUCCUUCACCACAAAGUCGUCUCUUUUUGUUUGAAGAAUCGUCAAAUAAUCGCCAUACGUUCCACAAUGUCAUAUCUCCUGCCUAAAAUAUUCUGCAACAUCACAGGAAGUCAUAUAUCAUAAUAUUCUUAUAAGAAUACAAAAUCAAGAUAGCAAAUAUAGAAAGAAAUCUGAAUGGUUAAAGGUCGUCCUAAAAAUUAUUAACCAUCGUCCUAACUUAAUAUGUAAUAUAUCGAAUUGCCCAUUUUGAAUUUCAAAAUCAAACACAAAACAAACAAUCCCUCCCCUUCCAUAAAUCUAAAAAAAUAUAAACCAAAAUCCAACAAAUUAUCUUAUGGACCGAACCAUAAAUCGUAGUAAAAGAAUAGAAAAUUAUUGAUAUAAACCAAACAAAUCCAAAAAAAUUUCGAAACCCCUCAACGAAGCCAAUUUUCGGUUGUACCAUGGCUCAACCUAAGGCAAUUUUCGUUUGUACCAUGGACCAACCGAAAAUCACCUUCGGUUGCACCAUGGCUCAACCGAAAAUUGCCAUAGGUUGAGCCAUGGUGCUACCAAAGGUGAUUUUCGGUUGGUCCAUGGUACAACCGAAAAUUGCCUUAGGUUGAGCCAUGGUACAACCGAAAAUUGGCUUCGGUUGAGGGGUUUUGGGUUUUUUUGAAAAAAAAUCGGAUUUUUACCUCGUCGGAGUCGCUACUCGUGAUUCGGACGUAUUCCCAACGAUUACGACUCGAGAAUGUCAACGAUGAAUUCAAGAGCGUGGAAAAUUGAGUGUUUUUCAUUUUUUUUAGUUAAAGUGAUGUUUGUUUGCUAAAGAUGACAAAAGGUUAAAAGUGUAAAUUUGUUAUUUUUUAGGACGAUCAAUAGUAAUUUUAAGGACGACGUUUAUCAAUUCCCAAAGAAAUAUGGUAAGAUCUUUCCAUAGCUAGGCAAUCUCAUAAGGAAAUAUAGACAACCCUAAAAAAGAAAAGGAUCAUAGAAAUAGUUCAGAGAAUGCUAAGUUACAAUGUGCAUGAUAAACAUUAGGGAGACGGGACUAUUGAUGAAAAAUUACAUUUUUGCUAACUAAAUGGAUAAUCUUGAUAAAUCACCUAGUAAUAAAACAAAAUACCAAACCAAGAAAAAUGAAGAAUAGAUCGACCAAAUUUCCUCCCACAUCGCCUGUCAGAACAUGUUGAACUAUUAGUUGAGUAUCACCACAAAACGAAAAACCACCAUGAACUCACGAGUUAGACACCACAAUGCAACAUUGUACAGUACAAGUAACUCCAUCGUAAACGAGUGUGUCAAGAAAAGAAAUGUCAUCGAAUAUGCGCCUUGGAGAUAUUGUACCAUAACAACCAUUUAUUACCCAAAUUAAUGAGAUUCAUUUAAGUAGUAGAACUAUCUGUUAAUUAUAGAAUUACAUUUUAUCACUUAUCAACAUGUGACGUGAGUAUGUUUAUCGUUACUGACGUUUGGUACGUUGCAUACUACUAAGUUUUUUCGUGGAUGAAUAGUACUAGCUAUUAUUUUUUUUUUGGUGAAAAGUACUAGCUAUUAUUAAAGGUAAAAAUAAUUUAGUUUUUUUUGGUAAGAAUAGGUAGGUUUUAUAAACUAAAAAUCUUUCUUCAUGAAUAAAAGCUAGCUUCUAUUUUUGAGUAUUUUUGCUGCCAAUGCUUGGAAAAGGAAAAGAAAUGUCCCUCUUCAAUGAUAUGAAUAUCCCAAGGUGAGAAAGAAACCCAGAAACCCGACCCGGUAAAUAGUUCCUUCCUUCCUCCUGACCCGCAGCCACGUUAGAGAGAUGGAGCCUUUGGCCCUUUGCUUGUCAUCUUGUUUAGUCAAACAAGCACACACUGCUUUAUAGCUUCAAUCCACUCUUCUCUUCCGAUCAAACCCACCCACCAUUUACCAAGAUGAAGAACCACGACGCUCCAAAUCCUCCUCUGGCAAUCCUCCUCUUCACCCUCUUCACACUUCUCCCGCUGAACCCAGCCGCCGGAGCCUCUCACGCCGGUCCCCUCACUUACCUGUGGCCUCUCCCCGCCGACUUCAAUUCCGGCGAGCAGACCCUCUCCGUUGACCCCGACCUCGCCCUCGUCGCCGACGGAAACGGCGGCAAGUCGGCGAUUAUCAAGGACGCCUUCGACAGGUACAAGGGGAUCAUAUUCAAGCGCGGCGGCAGUGGCGGCAGGCGGUCAUUGGCGUUGGAGAGGUUUGCUGCUGGUGGUCGGAAGGGGAAACGAUCGGCGAGCUACGAUGUUGCUGGGUUGAAAAUCGUUGUGCAUUCAGGGAGCGAAGAUCUUGCGCUCGGAGUGGAUGAGAGCUACAAGCUAUUUAUAGGGAAGAGUGAUGGGCAGUCCAUUGUUUGGGAAGCAACUAUCGAGGCGAAUACCAUCUACGGGGCGUUGCGGGGUUUGGAGACUUUCAGCCAGUUGUGUGUUUUUGACUAUGGAACGAAGUCUGUACAAAUACACAAGGCUCCAUGGUUUAUUCAAGACAAACCAAGGUUUAAUUACCGCGGGAUGAUGAUUGACACUUCGAGGCACUAUUUGCCGAUUGAGGUUAUCAAGCAAAUCAUUGAGUCCAUGUCCUAUGCUAAAUUUAACGUCUUGCAUUGGCACAUCAUAGAUGAGCAGUCAUUUCCUCUCGAAGUACCAUCAUAUCCGAAAUUAUGGAAGGGUUCAUAUUCGAAUUGGGAGCGCUACACUGUUGAGGAUGCAUAUGAAAUUGUUAACUUUGCCAAGUCCAGAGGCAUCAACGUAAUGGCAGAAGUAGAUGUCCCUGGGCAUGCAGAAUCAUGGGGCGUCGGGUAUCCUGAUCUUUGGCCUUCUUCCUCAUGUAGAGAGCCACUGGAUGUUACAAAGAAUUUUACCUUUGAUUUGAUAUCGGGGAUGCUGUCAGACAUGAGGAAAAUUUUCCCUUUCGGCCUCUUCCAUUUGGGUGGUGAUGAAGUUAACACAGAUUGCUGGAGUUCCACUCCUCAUGUUAAGAAAUGGCUUGCGGAUCGGAACAUGACUACAAAAGGUGCAUAUGAGUAUUUUGUACUCAAAGCUCAAGAAAUAGCAAUAUCAAAAGGUUGGAUCCCAGUCAACUGGGAAGAGACAUUCAAUGCAUUUCCAUCAGCCCUCAACCCAAAGACCAUAGUGCAUAAUUGGUUGGGUGGAGGAGUUUGCCCAGCAGCGGUUGCCAAAGGUUUUAGAUGCAUAUUUAGCAACCAAGGUUUCUGGUACCUUGACCACUUGGAUGUUCCUUGGGAGGAUGUUUAUACAGCUGAUCCAGUUGAAGGGAUCCAUGACGCCUCGAAGCAAAAGCUUGUCAUUGGUGGAGAAGUUUGCAUGUGGGGCGAGACUGCUGAUACCUCCGAUGUCCUGCAAACAAUUUGGCCGCGAGCUGCUGCUGCUGCCGAGCGGUUAUGGAGCAAGAAAGAGGACAUAUCUGGGAACAUUACGCUAACCGCGUUACCCAGAUUGCACUACUUCAGAUGCCUAUUGAACAGGCGUGGAGUUGCAGCUGCUCCAGUCAAUAACAAAUAUGCCAGGCAACCUCCAACAGGCCCUGGUUCAUGCUAUUUGCAAUGACCCCAUGUGGAGCCGUCGUGCAUUUUAUGAAAGGAUAUCGCUACAACAAUUCUAAUGUUUGUGAAAAUUCCAUUUGUUCAAGAUCAUCUUCUUGUUCUUCUUGUUGUAAUUUAUUCAUUAACGAAUCGGGUUAACCAGUUUCUGCACCUUGUUUACCCACCUUCCAUCUGAAUCACCAUUGUCACUCCCAACUAUGUGCUCCACUCUGCUAAAUUCCAUCUAACUGGUGUUGGAUUUUCUGUAAAUGUCUGGUUUGGUAAUCAGUAAAGGUGACAAGUGGGUGGGACAUUUGAGUUGAUGGGUCAAAUUUUGGUACUGAGCUAACCUGUCUACUAAUCCAGGAAAUAGUUGCACUGACUGCUAGACUUUUUUGACCAGGAAGAAACAGGAUAUUGAAUAAUUGAUGGACUGUGGUCAAAAUCCAUCUUAGUGGGAUUCUUUCAAAUCCAGUGUUUGGCUGAUGAGAAAUUACUUGAAUUGGGUGCGAAGUAUUUACAAAACUAAGGAUCCAUAUACAAGUUAACAACUUGUAAAUCGUAAUCAAUCCGUAAACUAUAAAUUUCAAAGAAUUCGUAUUAUUAAGGAUCUUAAUAUUCUGACUUUCUCAGUUUCUUGUUUAUUUAUGAUAUCCGGAAAAAUUCACAACUUAUUAGAAUUACUUUUAUACCUACAGCAUCUUCUAACCAUGAUUUCAACUUUCAAGGGUCCUACCAUUUUGCUUGUGAUGAUCUCAAGGAAAAACACUAUCAAUCUCAAUUCUCAUUAUUGGAAAUUUUCCUCCUCUCAUCAUAUUCCUUUCUCUUUUAAUAUUGGUUUGAUCCUCUAAUUUGGAUAAGGUCAUUUGUUUUAUGAAAUUUAGUUAAAGAUGGCCAUUUUGGUAAUAGAGUUAUUCUGCUAACGGCAUAAGUUGUUAGUAUAUAUUAACUAAUAUAUAAAAUGUAUGAACUAGUAUCAAAAUUUGCUGAUUUUACUAAAGUAUCUACUACAGACUAGUAUUCAAAACAUCACAAAAUAGUAUCCAACUCACAUAAUUAGUAUCUAGUCAAUCAAUUACCAACUAAUACCCACAAUCAAACCAACUAGUAUUCAAUAUGGAUACUCUUAUGUGUUAUCUGGAUACUAAUUAUGUGUUGUAUGGAAACUAUUCUGUGUUGUCUAGAUAUUAGUUUGUGAAUUUGGGAUAAUAGUUGAUUCAUGGUGGAUAUCCGUUAGCAAACCUUGAAUACUAGUCGGUGCUCUCUAGAUACUUUAGUACUUGGGUACUAGUUCAUGUAUUUUGGAUAUCAGUUAGUAUCUGUUAAUGAAUCUUCAAGUUCGCAGAUUAACUUUUCGCAUUUUAGAGUUCAUAUGCGCGUGAUAUAGUUGCACUUUUUUUACCAUAACAUAAUUCACAAAUGAAAAUGAAUUAGUUGUCUAUUUUCGUUCCAAUUGUUGUUAUUAUUCACGAUAUGUAAAGUAAUUUGAAAACUUAAAAUGUAGAGUGGAUUCUACUUGAUGUGGAGUAGAGUAACAAAACAAGUUUCUUGAAUGUUUGGAUAAGAUAUCAUGAUUUUAGAUAAUUGCUUACUUGGUAUGGUUACUUGUAGUUAGAGCCAGUUGAUUUUUACUAUUGAUCGGUAGAUACGCGUUGUUAUAUUAUCAGAUUGAUUUAAAUGAUUAACAUGUUGAUCGACCUCAUUUCAAUGAACUAAUUGACCAUCAAACUUCAAAUCACUUUACAUGAUUUAGGACAUUAUUUUUUAUUUUCCAAAAUGUCUACAUUAACUCCUAUGGUUUCACACUUGCUGAGCAAAGGAUUACUAAUGCGACGUUCAAUUCAGGCUCGUGAUUAAACAUGAAUUCACCAUUGUGCUCCUCAUACGAUUCCAACCCAUCCUCAUGUCCGGGUCAAAUAUUGAAGUGAUAGUAUUUCCAUCUAUCUUGGAAAAAAGUUAAAAGAGCUAUGCAAAAAAAAAAAAAAAAAAAAUCAUAAAUUUGUGAUAAUUUU